CCACAACACACAUUUUGGUGGAAGAGAUGUCCCUUAUGUCGGGCCUUUUUUUUGUUUUUGCCUGCCUAAUUAAAAUUAGGGACGCCAGCAGGCAGACAGCGGAGUUGCUCCGAACGAACAUCUUGUCUGACUUCCCAAAGCGAACCAAAAACCAUCCCGACUGCGUGAGCCUCCUCCUCCUGUGCCGCUCCGCUCAGCGAAGACGUUUCCCCGACGGGGCUUGACCGUGUCGCCGCCGGACUUGGUCACGUUUGGACAACUGCUGUACUACUUUUUUUCUAGAGGAGGGGGGAUUUUCAACGCUUCCCAGCGGCAGAAGAUGUCCGCGUGUGACGGCGGAGAAAGUGUGCCUUGUCCGUCGGGAGGCCAGCGGCGGCUUCCCUGCGCCGAGCUAACGCGCUAGCGUUACAGGUGUCUUCGAAGGCGGCGAAGAACCGACCGCAUUUCCAUUUUUUGCUCGACAUCGGGCUUCUUCGACCCCCAAUGCCGUCACUUUAUUCAACUUAACGUGCCUGUGUUCAUUUUAAACCGGCGAGGGUGUCGCUUUGCCACCUUGUUGUUAGCCUUUAGCCUCCGAGUUAGCCGCCGUGCCGUGUUUACACCGAACGGUGGGCUAACCCUCUCGUUAGCUUUGGCUGCUAUCGAGAGGACCCCGGAGCUACAUGUGCUUAACCCCGAAUGUAGCUUGCUUUUCACCGCCUUAACCCCCCCCAAAAAAGACAUCCUCGCCACCGGGCUAGCCAGCCUGGUUCGUGUACACUUGAAGCCACCCGGCCGCGUUGGACGGACUCUCAAGCUGUGCCCGCCGCCCUGGACUGACCCACCCACAAAAGGGGGCUAACUAUCCGCCGGGGCCGAUGCUGACAGUUCGGGCCGGAGCACGGCAACGCCAGGAGCCGCCACCGCCACCGCAGCAGCGAUGCAGCCCCAGCAGAUCUACGACUUUUCCAGUGACGAGAACAGUCACAAGUGGAGAGGCCUCUUCGUGCAAGCACUACGCAAGGUGCAGAAGCAGGUCCACCCCAACCUCCAGGCCAAGGAGGACGCCCUGCAGCACAUUGAGGAGCUGAUCCUGCAGCUUCUCAACAUGCUGUGCGUGGCGCAGCCUCGCUCCGUGCAGGACGUGGAGGAGCGAGUUCAGAAGACCUUUCCCCACCCGAUAGACAAGUGGGCCAUCGCCGACGCGCAGUCGGCCAUCGAGAAGCGGAAGAGGAGGAAUCCCUUGCUUCUCCCCGUGGACAAGAUCCAUCCGCUGCUUAAGGAGGUCCUGGGCUACAGAGUCGACUACCACGUGUCGCUCUACAUCGUGGCUGUCGUCGAGUACAUCUCGGCGGACAUUUUGAAGUUGGCAGGCAACUACGUGGGCAACAUUCGGCACUAUGAGAUCAGCCAGCAGGACAUCAAAGUGUCCAUGUGUGCCGACAAGGUGCUCAUGGACAUGUUCGACCAGGAGGACGACAUCGGGCUGAUGUCGCAGUGCGCGGACGAGCCGUCCACGUCGGGCGAGCUCACGUACGACGACCUGGUGCGGCUGGAGAUCGCCGAGGAGCGCCAGUAUCUGCGCGAGCUGGACCUCAUCAUCAAAGUGUUCCGUCACCACUUCCUGUCCAACUCCAAAAUCUUUACGCCGCGGGAUGUGGAGGUGAUCUUCAGCAACAUCCUGGACAUCCACGAGCUGACGGUGAAGCUGCUCGGCCUCAUCGAGGACGCCGUGGAGAUGACGGCCGACGGCAGCCCUCACCCGCUGGUGGGCAGUUGCUUCGAGGACCUGGCCGAGGAGCAAGCGUUUGACCCCUACGAGACUCUCUCUCAGGACAUCCUCAGCAAAGACUUCCACGAGCACUUCAACAACCUGAUGGCCCGACCCACCGCGGGCCUCUACUUCCAGUCUGUAGCAGAAGGCUUCAAAGAGGCCGUUCAGUACGUCCUUCCACAGCUGAUGAUGGUGCCCGUGUACCACUGCAUGCACUAUUUUGAGCUCCUGCAGCAACUUCAGGAGCGCAGUGAAGACCAGGACGACAGGGAGUGUCUGAAGCAGGCCAUCACGGCGCUACUCAACCUCCAGUGCAGCGUGGAGCGCAUCUACGCCAAGCAGCAGCCGCGGCGAAAACCCGGCGAGCCCAUGUACCGCCUGUACAGCCGUCAGAUUCGUAGCAAGCAGCUGGCCAUCAAGCGCAUGAACGAGAUCCAAAAGAGCAUCGACGGCUGGGAGGGCAAGGACAUCGGCCAGUGCUGCAGCGAGUUCAUCCUGGAGGGCCCGCUGCUGCGCGCCGGCGCCAAGCACGAGCGCCACAACUUCCUGUUUGACGGUCUGAUGAUCAGCUGCAAGGCCAACCAGAGCUCGCGGCUGCCGGGCUCGGGCAGCGGCGCCGAGUACCGGCUGAAGGAGAAGUUUGUGCUGCGCAAGGUGCGCAUCGUGGACCGCGAGGACUCGCCGGAGCUGCGGCACGCCUUCGAGCUGAUGGGCAAGGACGAGAACUGCGCCGUGUUCUGCGCCCGCACCGCCGAGGAGAAGGCGGCUUGGAUGGCGGCGCUGGUGACGCUGCAGUACCGCUCCACGCUGGACCGCAUGCUGGACACGGUGCUUCAGCACGAGGAGCGGGCGCACCCGCUGCGGCUGCCCUCGCCCGAGCUGUACCGCUUCGCCGUGCAGGACUCGGAGGAGAACAUCGUGUUUGAGGACAAGGUGCAGAGCAAGACGGGCAUCCCCAUCAUCAAGGCGGGCACUGUGGUCAAACUCAUCGAGAGGCUCACUUACCACAUGUAUGCUGAUCCAAACUUUGUGCGCACUUUUUUGACCACGUACCGAUCCUUCUGCAAGCCUCAGGAGCUUCUGACACUCCUGAUUGACAGAAUCGAAAUCCCGGAGCCGGAGCCCACGGAGGAGGACCGGCAGGCCCUGUGGAACGGCGACCAGCCUAUGGCGGCUGAGCUGCAGAGGUUCCGCAAGGAAUAUGUGCAGCCGGUCCAGCUCAGGGUUCUCAACGUUUUCCGCCAGUGGGUGGAGCAUCAUUUCUACGACUUUGAAAACGACCCUGAGCUGAGGACUCGCUUGGAGGAAUACAUCACCAGCAAAAUCCAACUGCGAGGCAAGUCCAUGCGCAAGUGGGUGGAGUCCAUCAACAAGAUCAUCCGCCGCAAGCUGCAGACGCAGUCGAACGGCGUGAGCCACAACAUCACCUUCGAGAGCCCGCCCCCGCCCAUCGAGUGGCACAUCUGCCGCAGCGGCCAGGUGGACUCCUUCGAUCUCAUGACCCUGCACCCCAUCGAGAUCGCCCGGCAGCUGACCCUGCUGGAGUCCGAGCUCUACAGAGCCGUUCGGCCGUCCGAGCUGGUGGGAAGCGUGUGGACCAAAGAGGACAAAGAGAAGAACUCGCCCAACUUGCUGCGAAUGAUCCGACACACCACCAACCUCACGCUGUGGUUUGAGAAGUGCAUCGUGGAGACCAUGAACCUGGAGGAGCGCGUGGCGGUGUGGAUGCGCGUCAUCGAGAUCCUGCAGGUCUUUCAGGAGCUCAACAACUUCAACGGCGUGCUGGAGGUGGUCAGCGCCAUCAACUCUGUGCCCGUCUACCGCCUGGACCACACCUACGAGGCCAUCCCAGAGAGAAAGAAGAAGAUCCUGGAGGAAGCGGUGGAACUGAGUCAAGACCAUUUCAAGAAGUAUUUAGCCAAACUCAAGUCCAUCAACCCGCCCUGCGUGCCUUUCUUUGGUAUCUACCUGACCAACAUCCUCAAGACGGAGGAGGGCAAUCCGGACUUCCUGAAACGCCACGGCAAGGAGCUGAUCAACUUCAGCAAGCGCAGAAAAGUGGCAGAGAUCACCGGCGAGAUCCAGCAGUACCAGAACCAGCCCUACUGCCUUAAAGUGGAGCACGACAUCAGGAGAUUCUUUGAGAACUUGAACCCGAUGGGAAACCGGAGCGAAAAGGAGUUUUCUGACUACUUGUUCAACACAUCCAUGGAGAUCGAGCCCAGGAACUGCAGACAAGCGCCUCGAUUUCCCCGAAAGACGGCCUACACGCUGAAAUCGCCGGGAAUCCGUCCCGUCCGUCCCGUGCGAACGUCUACCUCCGGCCACCCGGUGCCCCUGGAGAGGGAGCCGGUCCACAAGAUCACCUUCCGCAGCAUCGCCGAGACGGACGGCGAGACGCCGGCGUCCGCCUCGGUGCCCACCUCCCCCAACACGCCCACGCCGCCGCAGUCGGCCUCCUCCGACCUCAGCUCGGUCUUCAUGGAGCACGACCUCAGCAGCUCCUACGGCGGCUCCAACUCCAUUUUUGCUCCCGUUCUGCUGCCGCCUUCAAGGUUCCAGUCGGUGUCUUGCGGCAGCCUUCACCAGUUGGGGGAAGAGCUCCUCAAACCGCCGCCGCUUCCCCCCCGAAGGAAGGACCCCAUGUCAGAAAGCAAGAGCUCUCGGUCGGACAGCCCCCCCGCCAUCCCCCCGCGGCUCCCGCCGCCCUUGCCCAGAAUGCAGCCGCGGACGCCGGGUUACAACGGCCCCCUGGACGGGCCCCUGCCCAGCCCUCCCCCGCCUCCUCCCCGGGACCCCCUCCCCGACACGCCGCCACCCGUGCCCCAGCGGCCCCCGGAGAUCUUCAUCAACUACCCGCUCAACCUGCAGCCCUCGCCGGUGGGCCGCUACCACUGGGACUUUGGCAGCUCGCCCGCUUCGCCCAACACGCCGCCCGGCACGCCCUCGCCGCGUGUGCCCCGCCGGGGCUGCCCGCUCAGCGCCAGCCAAAACAGCCUGUGUCCGCCGCCGCCGCCGCCGCCGGCCCCCAUCGUCGCCGCCCCGCCCGUGCCCCCCCGCCACAACUCCAGCCCGCAGUUGCCCAAGCUGCCACCAAAGACGUACAAGCGCGAGCUGCUGCACGGCCUCUCGCUGGUGGAAAACAGCGCCUCGGGGGACCCGUAAGCCACGCCUUCUUCGCCGGCCCCCCGGGACGACGAGAACCCGACUGACUCGUGUCGGCCACGGCGGCCUAGCGGUUCCGAGUCUCGGCUCUCUGGCCUUCCCGUUUGGAGUGUGCAUGUUGUCCCCCCCCCCCCCCCGUGCUUUCCUCCCACUUUCCAAAAACGUGCAUGUUCGGUUCACUGAAGACUCGAAAUGGGCCGUCGUGGACCUUUCCUUGGUCUAAAUGUGCCCGGCGAUUGGCCGGCGACCCAUCCAGGGUGUACCUUUCGGCCGCCAUGGGAGCCGGUUCGCCCGCCGCCCUGACUUAAGAGGACAAGCGCUUUAGAAAUUCUGGAGAUCAACAUGCCAAGUCACAUUUUGCCUCAAUCGAAGUCCUUUAUUGUUUCAACAGUGUCUUUUGGGGCUCGGCUUAGCCGUUCUGAGGUUCCGGGUUCCGGGUUCCAAACGCAGCUACUCGGGCUUCCUCCCACGUUCCGAAAUGCCUGCACGUUGGGUUCAUUGAAGGCUCAAAAAUUUGCUCACGGCACCAAUGCUCGGUUGACUAUCUCUGUGAUUGUCCGGCGGACCGGUUCAGGGUGCGCUCUGCCUCUCGCCCGCCGUCAGCUGGGAUAAGCUCCAGCUCAUCCGUCGCCCUCGUGAAAACAAGCACUAUAGAAAACGGAUGCGUAGUCGGUUGUGUAAAAGGUGCACUCUAAAGGCAGUUGCGCCCCAAAAAUAGAGAUCAAUAAAAUGGGUUCAAUUGACCCAAAUAGUUGCUAACCCCUUUCUAAUCAAUAAUUGGAUUUGUUUUUGUAUUGUUUCAAACUAACGUUUCCCCACACAGCAAUCCAAUUUUUUGGGGGUUAUUUUGUGAUCCCAAGUAGCGGCCAGUCCCUUCGUGACCCAUCAUGGGGGUUAUUUUUGAACCACCUGUUUUUAGAGUGUCCCCCCCCCCCGCUUCUGGUCGGCAUCCAAUCCAGGGUGUGGCCUGCCUUUUGCCCAAAGAUGGCCGGGAUAGGCUCCAGCUUAGCCAUGACUCGAAUGAGGACAAGCACUCGACAACGCGGAUGGCUGUCUUGCGAUAGAAAACAGACGCAUCCCGUUUGGGAAAGUUCUCACCAGUUGUAGCUUCAACUGUUACGCUUCCUUCUCACCGAACAGCUGCCAAAGUCUUACGUAUUUUAUGCAGGGGCAUAAGGGAAAGGGAUUCUUUGUUUGCUUUUUCUCUUUUUUUUUUUUUUUUUUUACGUGACUUGCAAAAGGCGACAGUGAUUCCCGCCGUCCCCUCAACUCAACACUGUGACUGUUUCCAAGCCACACAAAAAGUUGCCUUCCCCCCUCCUCCCAACCACACAUGGCUCGGAUUUUUUUUGCACAUCGAGCUCCGGCAAAGUUCGAUUCCCGUCAAGCCACGAUGUCAAAAAGGCGGCGUAAACAAGUCGGAAUGACCCUUACCCAAGCGCCAAAUAGCUAGAAACGUUCUCCCCCGAACCCCCCCCCAGACUGAGAAUCCAGCCAACCACGCCGCUCGGAUGUGCCUUUUUGUUUUGUUUUCUACUUCACGGUGUCUGUAAUAAUAUGCUAAAAUGGAAACAACAAAAAGAAAAACAAGUUGCCUAUGUAACGUUUAGAACAACAACAAAAAAAAAUUACGACUAUGAACUUGUACAUGAUUGUGUGUGUGUGUGUGUGUGUGUGCGCGCGCAUACACUGACUAAAUAAUUGUGACGUUUCUGGUUGUACUCUCAUCCACAGCUCUUCAGUCCAGUAUUGCCUAAUAAUAAUAAUAAUAAUGAUAUUCAUAAUAAUAUUGAGCGAUGCUGCUACAGUGGGAUAAAUAACAGAAAAGCAACUAACACACUUUUACAAUCUACAGUGGAAGCCAUUUUGUUCCUCUCGAAAGUUGUUGUAAAACAAAAUAUGGCGAGCACUUAAUCCUGCCGAGUCUCAUUCAAAACUUUUUGUAUAUAUAUUUUUUUUGGGGGGGGGGCAGGGGGGGGGGUGAGAAACACGUUCACCUUAGGCCGUUUUGGUUGAGGAUCCCCCACACACUAAUGAUGUGUCGGUCGCUCUUUGAAAUGAACGAUAUAUAAUGUAUUGGCGCCGUCUUGUGGCCGCUAUAGGCAAUUACAAACUUGCACAUUUUCUUAAGCUUAUAUUGUGGCGUAACUUUAUUUCCCAUGAGACUCUUUACAAGCAUAAGACAACGUUACUCAAA